AGGUGCGGAAUUGUACCUCACCGGUACCUCGAACUUCCAGCUGGGGCUUUCGUGGCACUCAAUGUGUCCAUUGCGAGCAUGAAGCGACCUGGAGAAGCGAUGCUCAGCAGCGCCGCUGCGAGCCUUGUGGCGCAGGUCGGUCCUUCUUCCAGCUCGGCGAACAUGAAGGUGGAUGCUUCUUGAGCUGCCCAGUCGGUCACUUCGAUCCCCGCACGGAAGAGGCGAACACCUGCAGCCCCUGCUUGGCAGGAUCCUUCCGCUCAGAGGCCAUACCUAGUCAUCGCUGUGAGCCAUGUGCUCCGGGACACUUUAGCCACGCGGCCUCCGCCGCCUGCCGCCCCUGCGCCGCGGGGUCUGCUGCAGCCAGUUCUGGCGCGCAGUCAUGUGUACCCUGCGAGCCCGGUUUCUAUGCACCGGAGGGUGCGAGGGCUUGUGAGGCUUGCCCGCCUGGCCAUUUCAGCUUGUUUGGAGCCUCCAGGUGCGAGUCAUGUCCAGCAGGCACGACGAAUUCCACCGGCGGCGUUUGCAAGGAGUGCCCUCCGGGCUUCUUCAACAACAACCACCGUUGUGAAGAGUGUCCCAGAGGAAGAUAUCAACCUCUUGCAGGGCAGACACGAUGCUUUGAGGAUGGGCUUGGAAUGACCAGUGCCGAGCCCGGCCUGGCGAGGCCUUCCAAUGCCAAGUCCUUCUUCGUGCUGCGACACCUCAACGCCUCUGCGGAUCGCGCCUCCCCGGUGUUGAUCGAACGUUGCACUGCCAACCCGGAGGUCUGUUUGGAGGAGGAGACCUGUGCAGAGGGCCAUGGUGGACGUCAAUGCUUGCUGGCCCAACUUGGGCGAAAGGCUUCGCGUGCCUUCCCGGCUUCGUCAGCAGCGGCACCUGUAGCCGAUGUCCCAGCCGCCUUUAUGGCAUCGUUUUGGCCGUGCUUUACUUCGUGGGCUAUGUUCUGGUGAUCCACCUCUUGAUGAUCCUCGCAGACCUCACCAACAUGAAGGACUGCCAUGUGAUGCUCCUCAAGAUCUUGCUGAACCAUUGCAUCGCCAUGACUGUGCUGGGUUCGCAGGUGUGGCGAUUGGUCACAGAGGCUGGAUUGUUCCGCCGUGGGGACAGCACUUUGAAGUGGCUCAUGGAGAUCGUUGUGGCCACCGACGGGGCGCCGCAAGGGGAAGCCAGCUGGUUCUCCUUGAGCUGUUUGAUGCAGCCACCACGGGCGUCCUUCACCUGGACCGAAAGGUUGGCCACUGCAAAGCAUCAUGAAUGGGAAGACAUGGAAGCUGAAAGAGAUGCUUUGGCCUCCUACCAGUACCUCAACGAAGUCCUGGUGGUGAUCACAUGGAACGCUUUGCCCUUCUUGGUCAUUCUGGUCUCCACCCUUCUGUGCUGCAUCUUGCUGGACCGGUUCAUGAGGUCGAGGAUCGCGAUUUGGCCCAAAGCCUUGGACUUCUACGCCAAGGUGAGUGUCUUCGGCGGCUCUGUGGUCCAGUUUUGGGAUGAGGAGAGCCGUGUCUUCUACAUCCAGCUGGCGCGAAAGCGGCUGUUGGGGCUCUUUUGGCCGUUGCAGUAUGCGAACAGCUUCACCAGGACCUGGCCCAUGCUGAACUACAGAAGCUUCUUGAAAGACCACGCACCAGCACGCAAAGCGGUCCUGCAUUUGAUGUACUUUGCGGUGGCUCGACGAAACCUGCAAGUGCUCGCCUGCGAGACCUUGGGUGAGGUGGAUCCUAGCAUGGUCCUGCGGAAGCAGGGCGCCGUGGCCUGUCGCUUGAGCGAUCCCCUUUUGGCAGCUUCUUUGACGCUGGCAGCGCUGUGGGCCGUCGUCUAUCCUAUUGUGACCUUGUGCCGCUCACACCGCUCUCUCGCAUCGGAGGAGGCGCGGAGAAGCUGGGCCAUUCAAUUGAACGGCUACUCCAUUUGGUGGUGGGAGGCUGUGGUUUACCUUCGCAAGCUGGGCUUUCUCCUGCUGGAACUUCUCCCUGGCUCCAGGACGCGGGUCUUGGUCUUCAGCGUGUGCUGUCUCUUGGCGCUCUAUGCUCAAGAGGCCUACCGGCCAUCACUUGUCUUUGCUGAUAAGAGGAGUGACGACACGGCUGUGGCUCAAAAUGUAUCAGCUGUGGUGCGUGCUGGCGCCGGGCCUGACGUUGCUGCUCAUCUUGGAGACAGAAGCUGAGAGGAUGUCCACUUCGAUGUGGACGGCAAUGGUGGUCUUCUGCUUUGUGAGCCACGUCCUUUUCAUCUUAGUUUGGAUUUUCCACUUCUUCCAGAAUCCUUUGCGCCGCAUGGUCAUGUGGCUGGCCACAUGCACGCCCAGUGCUGAUAAAGGGUGGUACCUACGGAACUUGAUUUGGCUGGCACGAAGCUGGCGCGACAGCAGUGAGGCCUCGAAGCCCUACCUGGCCUUCCACUCCUUACACGGCUUCAUCUCGGUGAGCGGCAUGGGCGGGGACAAGGCAUGGGUGCCGCACUUGCCCCAGGGUCACGAGCUGCCAGACGUCUUGUUGAACAAUGACGAGUAUCGCCUCAGGCUCUCCUCUGUUCCGAGCUUCCUGCAUCAGGUGGUGGUGCCUUCCUUAUCAGCCAGGCUCUCGGUCCAGCGAGAUGUGAUGUCCACGGUGUCCUACCUCAUCGACGGGAUCUCCGGCACCUUCAGCUCCAGCUGCCUGGACUUCGUGAUUCGGGCGGCUUUCCUGCUGCAGCAAGAGCUGCUCCAUGCUAAGCAAGCCAGGCUGGUGGCCACCGACGUGGCCAGGCCCAUCUUGGACCGUGCAAGUGAAGCCAAAGACCCGGUGCUGCUGCGUGAUGAAGAUGAAGUGAGCGAAUCCAGCGACGAUGACGAGCUGUAUACUGGCGUCCAGGAGCUGCAUAGUAAGGCCAUUGGUCGCACAUUGGCCAAGGAGCUCCGAGAGCACAAGGAGAUCCUAGCGGAGUGGAAGGGCAUGGCUGCCUUGGAGACCUUGUUUCGGGAGCUUCGUAGUCGAGGUCGUGGUGUGACGGCCUUGGAUUUGGCGGCGGAACAUGUGACAGGCGAAAGCCCAGCGCAUGGGCCGCACGCGGUCCCAGCGCGCUCCACCCAGGCGCCGCUCUCCGGACCUGUGAAGACACUGAAGCUCAGCUCCGAGAUGGAUGAUGAUUUGGACCGGAUCUAUCGGAAGAAGGUGUCGGUGAUGUUCUCGCAAUGGACCUUUCAACAUGGCCUGCCUUUGGCUGACAUGCAACAAAGUCUCGCCUCCCUUCGGCAACUGCCACGGGAGAAGCUGAAGGUGUGGCUGGAUGCCUUUGAAAAGCAGUGGAUACCAGAGAUGCUGAAUGCGGACAAGGUCAUCCGCCGCCCAGCCAUCCUCGAGGAGGAAGAAGCGCAAGCCAUUUCUUCUGUGAUCGAUGGCAACGCUCGCGUGGGUCGUGCCGUGACGCGACGGACGCGCAUCCAAAAGGUUCAGAUGAAGAAGAUGUGGGAGUCGACCCUGGAGAAGGAAGAAACUAAGUUGCGAGUGGCUUUGCGAUGGACCCGCCUGGUCUUCUGGGCAAGCUGUGGACAGCUUACAGUCUUCAAGAUUGCACAUCUCAGAUGCAUCACACUGCGAGAGAGGUGCAGCCAAAGAAAGGAACCGCUUCCGGAGGUCGUGGUGUCGGCUCCGUUGGCACCGAUUCACCACUUCGAGGCGCAAAGGUCGGUGCUGUUGCUGAGCGACGAGGCCCGAGCGGAUUUCCGUGCUGCAAAGGAGGACGCUGAAGGCCGCCGAGCCAGCAUACGAAUCUAGCAAAGCGCCAAAAAAGACAGUCGCAGACAAGAUGCACACAUACUCGGGUAUACUCGGCAAACCUGUGCUUUGGACUUGUGUUUUUGUGGUAUGAUUGAUUUCCAAUUCGAUGAGCAUAAGAAAGUGUCAUUGAACGCUUGUACGUCAAGCACCUUUGUGCAAGCAUUUAGCUUGCACUGAAGACAUGACGAAACAUGAUGGGUACAGGUAGGUGUUUGCAGACAUCCCAAACCAAGCCAAGCAUUGAGUUAUUGAAGUCUGUGAACCUGGAGUGGGUCAACUUUGAGUCCUGAC